AUGAGAUCCCCACCAACUGUAAUCCUACUGCUUCUCCCUCUAAUAGCAUCAUCUCCUCUCAAUGUGAUUCUACCCCAAAAGAUUGAGUUAAAAUCUCUCGAAAAGGCAACAGAACUCAACUCUACAGUAUUGUACUCCCCUUACAGUGAUGAAUUCGCCCGGCAUAAAAUGUUUCCAUUAGCAGCGGCUGCUUACAGUGACAACCCUCAACAAUGCCUGGAUAAUAACUUUAACAAAGCCAAGGUAAGGUUGCUUUAGUUAAGUAGGGCGGGGUAAAGAAAAGUACGGUUUGUUUAGUUAAGUAAAGUAGGGUAGGACAAGGUAGGGUUAAUCACACUCGUUUAUCAAUAAAGAACGAGGGCACUGUGCGGUCGUCGUGAACAAUGAAAAGCAGAAACGUCUCGAAAGCUUCUGAUAAUGCUUUUUUCAUGUGUUACACACUACACUACAGUAAUCGUGUGGUGCUUGUGGGUUUCACGUGACUUAGUAAUGAGAAAUCUUGGCAUUUUGAGUUAUUGUAACUAGACUUUUGGCAUCUAUAGCUAUUGUAAGCAGGCCAGAAAGAGGCCACGCCAGACCUAUAGCCGUUAAUGCGAUUGUAAGGCUGAUUGUAAGCUUAAAAACUUUUAGGCUUAAAAAUGAAUUUUAGGCUUAAAAAUGAAUUUUAGGCUUAAAAAAUACAUCUUAAGCUUAAAAAAUAAAUUUUAAGGUUAAAAAUCAAUUUUAGAUUUAAAAAUGAAAGUUAACCUUAAAAAAAUGAAUUUCAGUCUUAAAAAUGAAUUUAAGCUUUAAAAAUGCAUUUUAGGCUAAAAAAAUAAAGGUUAACCUUAAAAAGUGAAUUUUAGGUUUAAAAAUAAACUUUAGGCUUAAAAAAAAGCUUUAAUAUAUGCAUAUUAAAAAAAACUUUUUGUAAUUUCAAAAUUUUAGGUCCUAGGCAUGGUCUACGCCAAAUGUGAAGAAGACGAAAAAGUAUCUUUGUGUGUUGGUUACGUAGCUGUGUCUCCCAUUGACAAGGCUAUCAUUGUCAGCUUCCGAGGUACCAACUCGUUUCUACAGCUUGUAGUCGAAGUUAACCAUGUUGUGUUGAAGCGAAAACAUGAAGCAGCUAUUGAUGGGUUAGUCGGAGCUUACUUCUACAACGUGUUUGAUCAGUUAUGGAGUAAUGGAUUGAAGAACAUUGUCAGCAAGGCUGUAAAGCAGUACCCUGGUUAUGAGCUUUGGGUAAGUGGGGUUAUAAACUCUGCCCUUCUUUAUCUUACUUUUCGUUACCUUUCUCUACCGUUAAGUAUCCUACACAACCGUUCAAUUUUUUUUCAAAUUUCAGAAAUUUUCAAAAUUUCAAAAUUUUUAAAAAAAUUUUAAUUUUUUAGGUAACAGGACAUUCUCUUGGCGGAGCUGUGGCUUCUAUUGCUGCUACCGAAAUCAUGAUUGAGUACCAGAUCCCUCAAGAAAAGGUUAAAUUGAUCACCUUUGGCCAACCAAGGACGGGUGACAUCAAGUAUGCCAACUUUUAUCCAAACUCGGUAAAAUUUUUAAAACAAUUUUUGAAUUGAACAAAAAUGGCGUUUUAGGCUUAGAAAUAAAUCGUAGGCUUAAAAAUAAAAUUCCAGGCUAAAAAAUGAGUUUUAGGCUUAAAAAUAGUUUUCAGGCUUAAAAAUAAAUUUUGAUCAUUAAAAAUAAAUUUUAGGCUUAAAGCAAACUUUUAGGCUUAAACACAUAAAUUUAGUCAUUAAAAAAGGAUUUUAGGCGUAGAAAAUGAAUUUCAGGCCUAACAAAUAAAGUUUAAGCUUAAAUCUGAAUCUUAGGCCUAAAAAUGUAUUAUAGUUUAGGCUUAAAAAUACUCUUUUUCUAAUGUUUUUAAAAAAUUUAAAAAUUUGCAUUAAAAUUGUCACAGAAAAGACAUUUUUCAAAUUGCCUCAACUUUCAGAUCCCAGAAGCCUACCGAGUAAACCACAACCGUGACUUAGUCGCGCACGUUCCACCAGAGAAGUUCGAAGACUAUUAUCAUCACGGUUCUGAGGUCUGGUACCCAAACAAUAUGCAAGAUGGAGACUCAGCCUUUAGUGUGUGUAAUGAAGGGGAAAGUAACAAAUGUAGUAACAAAAACUUCUUCUUAAUGUCUAUCAACGACCACGUUCAUUACUUUAAUGAAUAUGUGUCUACAUUUGGAGUUAAUGGUUGUAUAUGGAGCAGUAAAAAAUAG